AUGUCGAUCAUUGGAGAGGCAAUUUUGUCUGUCACGGUUGAGAUGCUGAUCCAGAAGUUGGUUUCCGAGGCGGUUGUGCGGUUUGGACGCCAAGAACAAAUCCAGAAUGAUCUCAAGAAGUGGGAAAAGACAUUGGUGAAGAUUCAAGCCCUACUUGACGAUGCAGAGGAGAAACAGAUGACAAGCAGAUUGGUUAAGAUAUGGUUGAGUGAGCUCCAGGACCUGGCUUAUGACUUGGAAGACAUCCUGGAUGAGUUUGCCACUGAAGCUUUACGCAGGAAGUUGCUUCUUGAACAUCAAACUCAACCCACCACCACUAGUAAGCAACGAAAAUGGAUUCCCACUUUCGUCACAGGUUCCAGUUCAGGAUCUGUCAAGUUCAGUAGCAUGAUGGCGUCCAAAAUAGAGGAGAUCACAGCCAGAUUACAAAGUAUUGCAACUGCAAGAGAUAGCCUGGAGUUGAGGGAGAAUUCGGAAGGGAGGUCAAAGAAAGUCAGGGAAAGAUUACCCACCACCUCUCUGAUCAAUGAAGCCAAAGUUCAUGGCAGGGAAAAAGAUAAGGAGGUAAUAGUUGAAUUAUUGUUGAAUGGCGAUUCAUGUACUGAAGAUGUUGACGGAGUCUCCGUCAUACCUAUCACUGGGAUGGGCGGGUUGGGCAAGACCACGCUUGCUCAACUUGUCUAUAAUGAUAAAAGAAUAGAAUAUCAUUUUGAUUUUAGAGCAUGGGUUCAUGUUUCCGAGGAUUUUGAUGUAAUUAGAGUCACAAAAAGAAUCCUGCAGUCUAUCGCUGCACAUGCGCCUGAGGCGGUUGAUAGGGUUAAUGAUCUAGACUGGCUUCAAGUCCAACUGAAAAGAGUACUCUCUGGUAAGAAGUUGUUGCUUGUUUUGGAUGAUGUUUGGAUACAAAAUUAUAAUGACUGGACUGUUUUAUGUACUCCAUUUGAAAGCGGUUGUCUGGGAAGUAAGAUUGUCGUCACAACUCGCAAUCAAGGCGUUUCAUCUAUGAUAAAAACCGGUGCAGAAUACUCAUUGGGAAAGUUGUCAGAUAGUGAUUGUUUACAAGUUUUUGCUCAGCACUCAUUGGGAGCAAAAGAUUUCAGUAUUCAUGAUCAUGACUUGAAAGAAAUUGGGGAGAAGAUAGUUAAAAAGUGUGAUGGGUUGCCUUUGGCAGCCAAAACUCUCGGUGGCUUAUUGCAUGGUAAAUAUGAUGUCAAUGAUUGGAGAGAUAUACUGAAUAGCAAAAUAUGGGAUAUAUCAGAAGAUGAAGGAGACAUUAUGCCAGCUCUCAAAGUGAGUUACUUUCAUCUUCCCCCACGUCUGAAACAAUGUCUUGCAUACUGCUCAUUGUUCCCAAAGGGCUAUGAAUUUCACGAGCAGAAGAUGGUUUUAUUAUGGAUGGCUGAAGGUUUCUUGGAAGGUGAAAAUGGUGUGUACAAAAUGGAAGACUUGGGUUGCAAAUACUUUCGUGAAUUGAAGUCAAGAUCUUUCUUUCAAAAAUCAAACUCCAAUCAGUCAUUGUUUGUGAUGCAUGACCUUAUCCAUGACCUUGCUCAAUGGGCUGCUGGAAAAACAUACUUGAGAAUAGAGGGUGUGCCCCAGGGCGAUAAUACAAUUUUAUUUUCUAACAAUCUUCGCCAUCUAUCAUACAUAGGAGGCCCUUUGGAUGGCUUGGAAAAACUUGAGGCGUCGGAUUCUCUCAAACUUCUAAGAACUUUCUUAGCACUCACGGUGAAACUGAAACAAGAAGAUUGCUCUGAAGCCAGCCGUAAAUCUCGUUUUCGUUUUCAUAGAAAGCACAAGCGUCAUGAUAUUCAAGAUUCCCCUCCUGUCACUCUUAAAAUUUUUUAUCAGAUGCUGCAGAAAUCACGGCAUUUAAGAGUAUUGUCUUUGCAUAAAUACUGUGUCAAAGAGCUAUCACAUGAACUGGCAGGUUUUAAGCAUCUACGGUAUCUUGAUCUUUCUUACACUGAUAUUAAAAGUUUGCCUGAAUCAGUUAGCACCAUGUACAAUUUACAAUCACUUUUGCUAGAGGGUUGUGUUUCCCUAAAUAAAUUAUGUACAGAUAUGGGGAAUUUGAUCAAUUUACGACAUCUGAACAUUUUCAAAGUAAAUUCAUUAGUGUAUAUGCCUAACAGGAUUGGAAAAUUAGCACGUCUCCAAACACUGUCUAAGUUUGUUUUGGGCCAUGACAUUGGCUCCCGGUUAGCAGAACUGAAGUCUUUAGCUCAUCUACAGGGAAGACUUCACAUUUCAGGGUUGGAGAAUAUACACGAUGCUAAUGAUGUCAAGGAGGCUGAUAUAAAUGGUAAGAAGAGCCUGAAUGCACUUAUUUUGGAAUGGAGUAGCAGUACUGAUGAUUUGAUGCAGGCAGAAACUCAUACGCAAGUGCUGGACUUGCUACAGCCUUAUCAGAAGUUGACAGAGCUCAAUGUCAUUGGCUUUUGGGGUACAAAAUUUCCGGUAUGGCUAGGAAAUUGCACAUUGACAAAACUAACAAGUCUAAGAUUGGAGAAUUGUGUCAAUUGUAUUUGCCUGCCUUCUGUUGGGCAUCUACCCUUUCUCAAGGAACUUGUUAUCGAAGGAAUGGUUCAAGUGAAGAGCCUGGAUCCAGAGUUCAAUGGAAAUGGUUGCUUGGUCCCUUUUCCCUCACUUGAGACUCUCUACUUUGAGGACAUGAAAGAAUGGGAAGAUUGGAUUCCUCAUGGACCUGGUCAAGAAAUUGAAGGGUUUCCUAGCCUACGAGAGCUUCGUAUUGUUCGGUGUUCAAAACUGAAAGGGGAAUUGCCAAAACGUCUUCCGAAUUUGGAAAAGCUUGUAAUUGAACGAUGCAAGCUAUUGUCAGUGUCAGUUCCGAGCUCUCCAGUACUCAUCAAAUUAGAGAUUGAUGGAUGCAAUGAAGUGGAUUGGGAGAUUGAAGAUGUUGGUUCACUGAAGUCAGUGAAACUUAUUAAUGUGUCAAAGCGCGUGCUUGUGGGAGAAAGUUUUGUGCAAGGGGUUCCAAAACUAGAAGAACUGAGGAUUUGUGGCUGCAAAGAUAUAACAUUUAAAGGAAUGGAGUCACAUGAUGAUAGUAGCUCACUUCAUGGAUUGGCUCGUGACCACCGUUCCCAAGUUCUUUUGAUGGCGGCAGAGGUCGAAGAAGAGCAAACACAACAAAGGUUGCCCUGCAAACUUCAGACUCUGAAACUGAGGGAUUGUGAAAACCUAGCAAAGCUACCACGAACGCUGCAUAAUCUCAGUUCUCUUACAGAUAUAUCAAUACAAAACUGCCCAAAUCUUGUUUCUUUUGCAGAAGUAGUUGGCUUGCCUUCCCAGCUGAGAUCUAUUACCAUUGAGAACUGCAAAGCACGGGGAAUAGAGGCACUGGUGCAUGGCAGCAUGACAUCUCUUGAAAGUUUCAGCAGUUCAGAUUGUGAGUCUGUGAAAUACAUUGCAAGAGUCCAGGUGCCUCCGAAACUGAAGCGGCUGCAUAUCAAAUAUUGCAAUAACUUGCAAACGUUAGUGGACAAAGAAGAUUUCAACAUGCAGGAGGAAAGUAUCAGCAGAUGCAGCAGCAGUCCAAACAUCUCCAUGCUAGAGUACUUGAAUAUUAGAUGCUGCGAAUCUCUAGCAUCCUUGUGGUCACACGGCGAGUUGCCAUGUUCACUCAAGUACAUUGAGGUUGAUAGUUGUCCAAACCUUGUUUCCUUCUCUUCAAAUGGUAAUCUGCCUACAGCUCUGGAAUACCUUAGGAUUCGGCAAUGCUCAAAGCUGGAGCGGAUAGCUGAAAAGGUGAAUGAUAACACAUCUCUUCAGAUAUUUCGUAUUGAUGGCUGUCAAAAUCUAAAAUUGUUGCCUGAUUGCCUGAACAAACUCAGACGUCUUCAAACUAUUGAAGUAAUGGAUUGUCCAAGUUUUAUUCAAUUUCCGGAUGGAGGGUUGCCUAACAACCUCUCAACGCUUGGCAUAAUUGAGUGUGAGAAACUGGCGGCCCUGCCAGAAGGCAUGUGCCAUCUUACCUCUCUCCGGAAUUUGACAAUAAAAAAAUGUCCAGCCAUUGCAACUUUUCCGGAAGAUGGAUUUCCCACCAACAUUAGGUCACUGGAGAUUAAAGAUGUCAACAUCUGCAAGCCAUUGCUCAAGUGGGGAUUGCACAAACUCACCUCUCUUUGUCAUCUUCAAAUCAGUGGAGGAUGUGAUGACAUGGAAUCCUUUCCGCAGGAGGAGAUAGGAAUGAAACUUCCUGCCCCUCUACAGACCCUGGUGAUUGAAAAUUUUCCGAAUUUGGAAACCUUGUCCUCUUCGGUUCAAGACCUCACCUCAUUAAGCCAACUACGUCUCCUUCGAUGUCCAAAGCUCAAAUACUUCCCAAAGAGGCUGUCCAGCUUAAUGCAUGUUUUAUCCAUCGACGGAUGUCCUCUGCUGGAAGCAAAAUGUAGAAAGAAUGCUGAAUAUUGGCCCAUCAUAGCCAAAGUAUCCGUUAUAAGCUUCGGUGGAAUCUGGAUACAUUGA